CUAGCUCAUCUGCAUUUUUCUCCCCGUCCUUAGCACUUCCUGCCAUGGCCGGUCCAUCGGGAAUUUUGUUUUUGCUCGUCAUUGCAAUGCCAGCAUUUCUAGCCCUCGCCGACACCCCUCACCCAUACUGUGACCGUCCAUGCCAAAAUGAGCUUAGCUUGCACCUAUACCUACACCAAUUUGUUGCUGGUCCAAACCGCCCAAACCGCAAUGAAGAAUUUGUCUUAACCCCAGGUUAUCCUCUUGGUUUUGGCACAACCCUCAUCCAUGAUUGGACCCUAACCAAUACAGUGAAUCCCAGCGAUACUAUUAUUGCACGUGCACAAGGCACACAUAUACAGGCGAGUAGAACCAAUGCUAAUGGUUGGUACAUCUCUCAAAACAUAGUUUUUCAGAGUGGAAGGUUUGCUGGAUCUACACUUCAGGUGAUGGGGACAUUAACUGAGCAAAGUGAGGGACAGUGGUCCAUUAUUGGAGGGACUGGAGAAUUUACUAAGGCUCAUGGUACUAUAAAGUACAAAAUGGACCCUGCCUCUAACAUCGAGGACGGUAUUAGAGAGCUUGAUAUUCAUCUAAUAUACACCCCAAAUUACCCACAAGCUACUCAGUCUGGCACACCACCUCUUGCAAAAUUGUUGGGUGGCUGUCAUGCGGUCGAUAAUUGUUGCUGCAAGAAAUACUGAUGAGGUCAAUGAUGGUUUACUCAAUGAGAGGCCGUGCAGUGGCAACAUGUGUAUCUUUUAUUUCAAUCAAUGUGUGGGUUUGAAGGAUGGGUGUACCUAUCCUAAAACCUGUACUAUUUGUUUUCAGUUCUCUUUAUAUCGUGUGACCAUGUGUGUUUGGAGCUACCUAAUGUAUUAUGCCUCUAGAAUAAUAAAAUU